CCUCGGAGGCGCGGAAAUAGUUGUCUAGGUUACCGGUCCUAACGGUUCUGCUAUCUGAAAGCUCUGUUUUAGGGUUUUCAACCUGAACUGCGAUCUGAAGAGAUCUUCGGCUCCGCGAAGUGGCUGCGGAGUAGUUGAAGCUUUUGAGGAGAUAGAAACUAAGUCGGGGUAUAAAACUGACCAAUUAUAAUAAAAGAUGUCUCGAAAACCUAAGACGUCAAAAAAAGUGAACAUCUCUAGCUCUCUGGAAUCUGAAGAUAUUAGUUUAGAAACAACUGUUCCUACAGAUGAUAUUUCCUCAUCAGAAGAGCGAGAUGGUAAAGUCAAAAUCACCAGACAGAUAAUUGAACGGAAAGAACUCCUUCAUAAUAUACAAUUGCUGAAAAUUGAGCUGUCCCAGAAAAAUAUGAUGAUAGACAAUUUGAAAGUGGAUUACCUUACAAAGAUUGAAGAAUUGGAAGAGAAACUUAAUGAUGCACUUCACCAGAAGCAAGUAUUGGCAUUGAGAUUAGACAACCAGUUGGCUUUUCAACAGAAGGAUGCAAGAAAAUAUCAAGAACUAGUGAAACAAGAAAUGGAAACGAUUUUAUUGAGACAAAAGCAGCUGGAAGAAACAAAUGUUCAGUUACGAGAGAAAGCUGGAGAUAUUCGUCGAAACUUGCGUGAUUUUGAAUUGACAGAUGAGCAAUAUAUGAAGCUAAAAGGGUUUUCUGAAGAUCAGCUUUCCAUUCCUGAAUAUGUGUCUAUUCGGUUCUAUGAACUAGUGACUCCACUAAGAAAGGAAAUCUCUGAACUGCAAGUGAAAAAGAGUGACCUACUAGAAGAACUAAGUGAAAGCAAAGCCCAGCUGAAAGGACUGACUGAGACUUAUCAGGAAGAGCGAAGAAACUACUCUGAGCUUCAAAUUAGAUGUCAACGUUUGACCUUAGAAUUAGCAGACACAAAACAGUUAAUUCACCAGGGUGACUACCGUCAAGAGAACUAUGAUAAAGUCAAGAGUGAGCGUGAUACACUUGAACAGGAAGUUGCUGAGUUAAGAAGGAAACAUGAAAUACUUGAAACUUCUCACAUAACUCAAACCAAAGAAAGAAGUGAAUUAUCAAAAGAGGUAGUCACCCUACAGCAGACUGUUACUUUACUGCAAAAGGAUAAAGAAUAUCUCAAUCGCCAAAACAUGGAGCUUAGUAUUCGUUGUACUCAUGAAGAAAAUCGCCUGGAGAGACUUCAAACUCAACUGGAAGAAAUCAAAAAGGCUAGAGAAGAGAUGUAUGAAAAAUAUGUGACUUCAAGAGACCAUUAUAAAGCAGAAUAUGAAAAUAAACUACGUGAUGAACUGGAACAAAUAAAAUUGAAAACUAAUCUAGAAAUAGAUCAACUUCGAAAUGCCUCAAAAGAAAUGUAUGAACGGGAAAAUAGAAAUCUCCGUGAAGCAAGGGAUAAUGCUGUGGCUGAAAAGGACCGAGCAGUGAUGGCUGAAAAGGAUGCUUUAGAGAAACAUGAUCAGCUCUUAGACAGGUACAGAGAGCUACAACUUAGUACAGAAAGUAAAGUGACAGAAUUUCUCCAUCAAAGUAAGUUAAAGUCAUUUGAAAGUGAGCGUGUUCAACUUAUACAAGAGGAAACUGCGAGAAAUCUUACACAGUGUCAACUGGAAUGUGAAAAAUACCAGAAAAAAUUGGAGGUUUUAACUAAAGAAUUUUAUAGCCUCCAAGCCUCUUCUGAAAAACGCAUUACUGAACUUCAGGCACAGAACUCAGAUCAUCAGGCAAGACUAGACAUUUAUGAGAAAUUGGAAAAAGAGCUUGAUGCAAUAAUAAUGCAAACUGCAGAAAUUGAAAAUGAAGAUGAGGCUGAAAGGAUUCUUUUUUCCUAUGGCUAUGGUGCUAAUGUUCCCACAACAGCCAAAAGACGACUAAAGCAAAGUGUCCACUUGGCAAGAAGAGUCCUUCAGUUAGAAAAACAAAAUUCAUUGGUUUUAAAAGACCUGGAACAUCAAAAAGACCAAAUAACACAGCUUUCACAAGAGCUUGACAGGGCCAAUUCUCUGUUAAACCAAACUCAACAACCUUACAAAUACCUCAUUGAAUCAGUGCGCCAAAGAGAUUCUAAGAUUGAUUCACUGAAGGAGAACAUUGCACAACUUGAGAAAGAUGUCAGCAAUUUAAAUAAGGAGAAGUCAGCUUUACUACAGAUGAAGAAUCAAAUGUCAUUGGAUUUAGAACAACUGCUAAAUCAUCGUGAGGAAUUGGCAGCAAUGAAACAGAUUCUGACUAAUAUUCGAAGCAAGCACUCUGAGAAUAAAGUGGAAUCCAAAAAUGUGGUGGAAAAUCAAAAGUCAAUACCUUUGACUGUGCCUAGAGAAAGUGAAGAUAAUGUUCUUAUACCCAAACCAACACUCUUUACUAAAAAAGAAGCACCUGAAUGGUCUAAGAAACCAAAGAUGAAGACUUAGUGUUUUGAACAGAUUUGGUAUCUAUCAUUAUUUACUCCUGGAAUUAUUUUCUAAUGAACAAAAACUUUAUCUCAAUCAUGUACUUGGCAUUUUUUUAAAUAAUUAUUUUAAAGUUUAUUUUAUUAUUUCGAUAGUGAAAUUAACAAAUUUUAACAUAAUAACCAAAAUGUAUAAAGUGCAGACAACUGUAUACUUUAUAUAUGGUGUCAUCUAUUUUGUUAUAAAAUAAAUAUCAUAUACUUUAUGGUUUAAA